AUGGUUCGUGAUGCUAGUUUAACAACAAAAUUAAGAGUAGUUUUUGACGCUUCGGCAAAAUCUUCAAAUGGUCUAUCUUUGAAUGACAUACUGCUACCGGGACCGCGUUUACAAAAAGAUUUGUUUACCAUAUUAAUUAGAUUUAGGACAUAUAGAUAUGUAUUUACGGCGGACAUAGUCAAGAUGUUUCGUCAAAUUAAAAUUAAAUUCGAACAUCAGGACUACCAGAGAUUUUUAUGGCGUGAGGCGCCCGGAAUACCUGUAGGAUGCUAUAAGCUAAAUACCGUAACGUAUGGCACUAAUUGCGCGCCAUAUUUAGCAAUGAAAUGCUUUGAAAAGUUAGCUAUAGAUUAUAAUGAAAUAUAUCGAAAAGCGUCCAAAAUUCUACAGUCAGAUUGUUAUGUGGACGAUAUAAACUCCGGUGCAGACACUUUACAAGAAGCAAAAUUAUUAAUAACCGAAAUUAACAAUCUCCUAGCCCAAGGGGGGUUUGAAUUGCAUAAGUGGUCAAGCAAUAAUAUAGAAUUAAUUAAUGAUAAGAAUAUAGGUGAAAAUAUAAAUGUAGGGUUUGACAAAGAAAAUAUAAUUAAAACUUUAGGGGUUAUAUGGCAACCUACAUCUGAUAAUUUUAAAAUUUAUAACAACGUUUUAGCUAUAGACAAUAUAAAAACCAAACGAAAAAAUUUAGCAUCUAUAGCUAGUAUAUUUGACCCGUUGGGAUUCAUUACUCCGGUAGUCAAUUCCAAACUUAUUAUGCAACAAUAA